UUAUUGUAGAGGUAGACUGUAGUUCGUUUCAUAUUAUUGACAUAAUGCUAAUACCAUGACAAAUUCAUGUCAUGGCUAAUACAUUGAUAUCGCCCGUCGGUUAUGUACUUUCUAUGUACUUGCAAUAAUGUAAAUAUUUAAUAUGUAUUAUAUUCAUUUAUGAUUAUGAGAGCAAUGUUAAACUGAUAAUGGCUUUAAUUGGUGAUCAGAUUGCUGGUGCUCAACGAAAACCAGCAUAUGUACGUUUUCAAAACAACACCUGCUAUAGCAUUGAAGUAAAUUGGAUAAAUUUUCACAAUAAUGAACAAACCUACUGUAUUUUAGAUCCAAAUAAAUUUGUGGAUGUAAACACAUUUUCUACACAUUCAUGGAUUUUUAGGGAAUGUAUAUCAAAAAGUCGGAUGGUUGUUGCUGGAAGAGAAGUAUUCAUUGCGACACCUUGGGUUGAAGAACACAGACGUCUUGAAUUUAAACACCCUAUCAAUGUACCAUUAAGAACAAGGGUUUUAAUUGAAAUGCCAGCUAUGGAUUUAAGACAAUUAUGUUUAUUAAAAUUAGCUAAAAUAUUGAAAACUAAAGAUGACAUAAUCAUGUUGGAAAUACCUAAAACACUUCAAAAGGAAUUAAUAGAAAUGAUAUCAAACAAAGAAACUAGUAAAAUUCAAUUGACUAACUAAUAGUAUAUUUUUUUUAACUUAUUUUACAAUAAGUAAUAAAUAAAUAUUUUAUAAAUUAUCAAA